UAGAGUGUGUGAACUUGCUGGACUACAGUAGCUUAUUCAUAGCUAAUCCAAAAGGAAAUCUCCAUCAGUAAGCACUGGCAAUUGUGCUGAAGCUGACAGCAUGUCUGUUACUGAUGGUGAGAAACUGCAGGACGAUGACCACAAUGAAAAUAUUACCAAUUAUCAUCACAAACAUGGAAACAGGAGGAACUCUUUAAAAGGGGAAAAUGUAAGAGAACCCACUGUUUCCCAGAAUGGGAAAAACUGUAAAAUCCAGGAGAACUGUACUGGUGAAACUGACAGGGUCGUCUCCAGGCAAGCCCUGGAAGAAGGAUAUUUGGCUCCAGCUGAUUCUCUGUGGACCACUAGAGCUGAUGGGGCAGUCCAGCUCAGGAUAGAUGACUCUUGCCCACAAGAACCCAUGACAGUCCAUCAAGUGUUCAAAGAAUCUGUGGAAAAGUAUGGGUCACUUUAUGCACUGGCGAGCAAGAGAGAUGGAAUUUGGGAGAAAAUCACUUUCUCUAAGUACUAUGAGUUUUCUUGGAAAGCUGCUAAAAGUCUUUUGAAGCUUGGUCUGGAGAGGUUCCACAGUGUAGCAAUACUGGGUUUCAACUCUGCGGAAUGGUUCAUCGCUGCAGUAGGAACUGUGUUUGCUGGAGGAAUUGUGACAGGAAUUUAUACCACAAAUUCUCCAGAAGCUUGCCAUUUUGUAGCUAAUGACUGUCGAGCCAAUAUCAUUGUGGUAGAGAACCAGAAGCAGCUGGAGAAAAUACUACAGAUUCAAGGAAGACUGCCCCAUUUAAAAGCUAUUGUACAGUACACAGGCACAUUGCAAGAAAAACUUCCUAAUCUAUAUACAUGGCAGGAGUUCAUGGAUCUUGGUGUGGAUAUUCCUGAUACCCAGCUGGAGGAAAUCAUAAGUUCCCAGAGAUCUAAUCAUUGUUGUGUCUUAAUAUACACCUCAGGAACAACUGGGACUCCCAAAGGAGUUAUGCUGAGCCAUGACAAUAUAACAUGGACAGCGGCACAUGCCAGCAGAGCUGGGGACAUGCAACCUGCUGAAAUAAAGCAAGAGAUUAUUGUCAGCUACCUCCCUCUCAGCCACAUCGCAGCUCAGAUCUAUGAUCUGUGGACAGGAAUAAAGUGGGGAGAGCUGGUUUACUUUGCAGAACCUGAUGCAUUAAAGGGAAGUCUGGUAAAUACACUGAAAGACGCUCAUCCUACAUCACAUAUGGGAGUGCCAAGAGUCUGGGAAAAAAUUAUGGAGAAGAUAAAGGAAGUUUCUGCUCAUUCAAGUUUCAUAAAAAGGAAAAUGUUAUCAUGGGCCAUCUCUGUUAGUCUGGACACUAAGAUUGAGUUUACAGACAGGAAUGAAGGCAAGCCACUUCUCUUCAUGCUAGCAGAUACAUUUGUACUUGGGAAAAUUCGAAGUGCAUUAGGGUUUUCAAACUGCAAGAAAUACUUCUCAGGAGCUGCACCGAUCACAAGGGAAUGUCUUGAUUUCUUUCAAGGUCUGAACAUUACUCUAUAUGAAGCAUAUGGUAUGAGUGAGACCACAGGCCCACAUUGCAUGUCAGGACCUCAGGUUUAUAAGUUCCAGAGUUGUGGAAGAGCAGUUCCUGGCUGUAAAGUUAAAAUAGUUAAUAGUGACAAAGACGGGAUUGGAGAAGUCUGUUUUUGGGGAAGAACUGUUUUCAUGGGCUACCUGAACAUGGAGGAUAAGACAAAAGAGGUAUUGGAUGAUGAUGGCUGGCUGCAUUCAGGGGAUUUAGGCAAACUUGACACAGAUGGUUUCAUGUGCAUCACAGGAAGAAUCAAAGAGCUAAUUAUCACUGCAGGAGGAGAGAAUGUUCCUCCAAUUCCAAUAGAAGAUGCUGUUAAGAAAGAAUUGCCUGUAAUAAGUAAUGCCAUAUUGAUUGGAGACAAGAAGAAAUACCUGACCAUGUUACUAACUUUAAAGUGCACUAUAAACCCAGAUACAACAGAACCUACAGAUGACCUGACCACAGAAGCUAUACAGUUCUGUCAGCAUGUUGGAAGUAAAGCUAAAAAGGUAUCAGAGGUCACUGGUGGGAAUGACCAGGCAGUUUAUCAGGCUAUACAGAAGGGAAUCAAUAGAGUGAAUGAAAUGGCACCUUCCAAUGCUCAGCGUAUUCAGAAGUGGGUAAUUCUGGAGAAAGAUUUUUCCAUUCCAGGUGGAGAGUUUGGACCAACCAUGAAGUUGAAGAGGUCAGUAGUUACUGAAAAAUACAAGAAUGAAAUUGAGAAGCUGUACAAAGAAGAAAUGUAAUCUAACCAAUCUUCCCAAAGCUAUACAAAGUAGAUACAUAGCAGUACCUUUUUGUUUUUAUUGCAAUUAAAGUUGUAAGAAAUAAAUCAUCUGAUAGAUUUAUACAGAUUAAUGAAGUGGCAUUUCUAGAAAAGUAAUUAUAGGAAAAAUGUUUUCCUGCUGAUCAGCACAAGACCAGAGUCUGAGCAUAUUAGUCUUAAUCUGAUUAUGCAUAUAAACUGGUCUGAGAUUCACUGGUCGGGUGCAUUUCAAUGUUAAAUAGCAUAAGAUUGAUCUGUUAUGUCAUUCAGGAGUUAUGUAUGUGUUGAACCAGAUGCUUUUUUAUAGUUGCUGAUAUGAUAAAGAAGUUAAUAAACUUACAUUUGAUUCAGAAAGACUAGAACUUCAUUUAAUUCCUGUAACACUUUAAUCACAGAUUUGACUGUGCUGAUGGCGCUACUCUGACAUCCUGAAAAUAAACUUCCUUUUGACAAGGUU